CAGCGCGUGCUCGGCGAGGCGCGCGCGCCCGGCGGCGCCGGCUCCCCUCCCGGCCUCCCCGGCCCCCGCCACGCCCUCCGCCUCCCCCUCAGGAAACGACAGCUGCGCGGGGCUGGCGCCGCCUCCCGCCACCUUCCACGUCCGCCCCGCCGCCCGCCCGGCGCCCGCCCUCCGCCGCUAGCGCAGCCGGCGGCCCUGCCCGCCCGCCGCCCGGCAUGAACAUCAUGGAUUUCAACGUGAAGAAGCUGGCGGCCGACGCGGGCACCUUCCUCAGCCGGGCCGUGCAGUUCACAGAAGAAAAACUUGGCCAAGCAGAGAAGACAGAAUUGGAUGCUCACUUGGAAAACCUCCUUAGCAAAGCUGAAUGUACCAAAGUAUGGACAGAAAAAAUAAUGAAACAGACUGAAGUGUUAUUGCAGCCAAAUCCAAAUGCCAGGAUAGAAGAAUUUGUGUAUGAGAAACUGGAUAGAAAAGCACCAAGUCGUAUAAACAACCCGGAGCUUUUGGGACAAUAUAUGAUUGAUGCGGGGACUGAGUUUGGCCCGGGGACAGCUUAUGGCAAUGCCCUUAUUAAAUGUGGAGAAACACAGAAGCGAAUCGGAACAGCUGACAGAGAGCUGAUCCAAACAUCAGCCUUAAAUUUCCUCACUCCUUUAAGAAACUUUAUAGAAGGGGAUUACAAAACAAUCGCAAAAGAAAGGAAACUGUUACAGAAUAAGAGACUGGAUUUGGAUGCUGCAAAAACAAGACUAAGAAAGGCAAAAGCUGCAGAAACAAAAAGUUCACAACUAAACUCCGCCCGCCCUGAAGGAGAUAACAUUAUGGUAAAUUUCUCUUACAUGCUCAACUUCCUGCAUGUAAAAUGGCUGAAGAUUUGGGCAGAGGAAGUGACAAAAUCUGAACAGGAAUUAAGAAUAACUCAAAGUGAAUUUGAUCGUCAAGCAGAGAUUACCCGACUUCUGCUGGAGGGAAUCAGCAGUACACACGCCCACCAUCUCCGCUGUCUGAAUGACUUUGUGGAAGCCCAGAUGACUUACUAUGCACAAUGCUACCAGUACAUGUUAGACCUACAAAAACAACUGGGAAGUUUUCCAUCCAAUUAUCUUUCUAACAACAAUCAGACCUCCGGGACACCUGUGCCAUCUGCUCUGUCAAAUGCAAUUGGUCCUUCUGCUGUGGCUCCAGCGGGUAGCCUAAUAAUGGCCUCCUCUUCCAACCUCAAUGACCUUAAAGAAUUAAGCGGCAGCAGGAAGGCCAGGGUUCUCUAUGAUUAUGAUGCUGCAAAUAGUACUGAGUUGUCACUUCUAGCAGAUGAGGUAAUCACUGUGUUCAGUGUCGUUGGAAUGGAUUCAGACUGGCUAAUGGGGGAAAGAGGAAAUCAGAAGGGCAAGGUGCCAAUUACCUACUUAGAACUUCUCAAUUAAAUAGGGAGACCCUUCGUGACACCAUAUUUAUAUUCAGUAACUCUUAAACAGGUUUAAUGUCUUUCAUGUUAAUGUCAUAGAGACUGAAAAUGAAAUAUUACAAGCCAUCAGAAACUGGCUAUUCUGCCAAUAAAAUUGCAUGGUUAAUACUUCAUUAUAAAAUUUAUGUUAGCGAUUUCAUGACAAGAAUGUUUUCUUAUACAAUUCUCUUUCUACUGAGGUUUCACUAACAAGCAACUUCUACUUUUGAUCCCCAACUUAAAAACAAAAGGAUUGUUUUCUACUGAAUUUUUCAUUAACAACAAGCUUUUUCUUUAUGCAAAAUAAAUUUAUUGUGCAUGAUCCCAGUGACUCAUUUAUUAGGUACAGUAGCCAAAGAAUGAAGUAAAAAAUCAUUUUUACCUUGCUGUCCAAUAGGAAUCAAAUGACUUAGAUACUGUGCUGUAGCAGGGUCUCUUGGCUUUGGAGUUUUGGGUUGGGUUAGGUUCAGUUUAUUUGUUUAUACUUAAAACACUACUGGAUAGUUUAUUUUAAACUUGAGUCCUUGAAAAGUAUUACCUUAUUUCAUAAUGUUGUUAAGGUGCAGAACACUGGGGACAAGUUCAUUCACCAAGAGUACUCUUAAGAUUAUUCAGUUGCCACACUUUGAUGAAUAAUCAGAAUUGCAUCCACUAAGAACAUACUACACUACAGUGAAGAUUUGUUGUUGAACAACAAACGUGUGUGAAAAUAAGGAUUAGUGCAACAGCAUUCAUUAUAGGGUAAAUCAUACGCAAUGAAUGUAGUUUAUCAGGGUCUCUAGUUAUGGAGUAUACCCUCUGGAAAUUACUAACGACGCAUUUGGAACCAGAGAAUUGCUAUGAGGACCAUGCUAUACAUCAGCAAAAGUUGCUGUAAAUUGACAGUUGAGAAUUUUUUUUUGUUAGGUCUUCAGCUCUCAUUCAUACAUUCUUCAUUCAUCCAUCCAUUCAAAAGACAUUUGUUGAGGACCAGGUACCUAGUUGAUCAACCAAGUAUACUAUUAGGAAUAAGAUGCUCCUGAAGAAGACAAAAGAAGAAAGUUUAACCUGUAACAGGAUUAAUGUUAUGAUGGAAGAAAUAGAAAGGACUGUGUUUAGGAAUUACCUUGUUUGGAUUUGAGAAGUCAGAAGCUGACCCAGGUAGAAGGAAAAAGUUGUACUAGGCUUGGAACCAAGAGAGCAUAAGUUUAUUCAGAGUAGCUUAACAAUGAAGUACAAAGGUGUAGUUCAUUUAUUGAGAGAUUCUUGAAUUGUAAACUUUUGGCCUCUAAAAAAGGUGGAUAUCUAAAUAGCACUUUAAAAUAUCCAUUUGUGUUAAGAGCUCCUAAGAGCUUGGUAAACACGGAAAACUUAGUUCUUGGUCUCAGCAUUAACAGCCCUUUUAUUUUCGUGCUGUAAGAUAAAUUCCUCUGCAGUUUUAUAGUUGUGUAAGGCUCUGACUCACACUUGAAUUACAUACUUAAAACUCCAAAAACAGCUUGAGAUGGCUAAUGUUCUAGAGAACCAAGUGAAUAUUUUUUUUUCUCCUUCAGAAAGAAAGUUUUACAGCCUAAAGUACCAUCUGUUAUAUUUGUCCAAAUUUAGGUUUUGAUGGACUGUAAAACUUUAGGUGAGUUUAAAUGGCAGCUUUAGUUCUGCAAAUUAAGUUUAUUGGGAAUAGAACAAUACAGGAGAAAAUAAAAAUAUGAACUGAAUUGAUCCUGUGUUCAUAUCCUCACAUAUUGGACUCCUUGGGGUACAACUCAUAUUUAGAACUGCCUUUUUUUUUUAAUUGGUAAAAUGGGGAUAUGUUUGCCAUUUACCAGGAAACUAUUGCACAAGUGUCACUUUGUGUUUUGUUCUCUUAGGCAAAGACCUGGCACAUACAAACAUUUUGUAAACACAGAUGCUCUUUGUCAAAGCCCCUGACACCAUUAUGUGUGGGCUGUGCCUGGGCUGGGGCACAUGUCCUACACCUGUGCUGUGCUUACUCCCUGGAAUCCCACUCUCUACCUACCACACUCAGUGUGAGCGCUGGUUACGGAAGCUGCACUGAGCUAAUAGAGGAUUCAUACCGUAUAUUAAUAGGAGCAAAGGCUCCUUGUACCUUUGUCUACCACAAAUCCAGUAUAAUCCUUAGGCAUGUUCUUUUGUUUAUUUUUGUUUUGUUUUGUUUUGUUUUAAUGAGGUUUGAUUGGUUGGAUAUUUUGUUUAAUUUAGGUUUUGACUUAAAGUUAUGUAUUUAGUUUUUGCUCAGGUAUAGGCCCAAUGAGAUUGUUAAGCAUAGAAGAAAAGAAAACUCUUGUGAAGCCUAAUUCAUGGUGCAGUUAAAAGUUAAAUAAACCCUUGACCCCUAAGCAUAACUCAGUAGCACAGUAAUGAGUGAAGGGUACAUACAUUCAUGAAAUAAUAAACAAGGAGGUAUUUAUAGGCUGUCCGCAAACUGAAAAAGAAAUGGACUUUAUCCGCCUUUGCCCUUAAAGUAAUUAACCCCCAAGGUUAUACUUAAAACAUUUUUCAUGGUGCUAAUCAAAAAAAUUCAGAUUGCAGGAGAUGAGGUUCCUAAAAUGAGAAUGCACCUCAUUCAAGGAACAAGGAAAAUAAGUGUAGGGCCAGCAUCCUUAGUGUGCCACAGCCAUUCUCCCAGUCUGCUAUCUCCCAGAUAACAGAACACAAGGAAGCCCUGUUAGGUGUUUCUGAGGUAGAGUGGAGCAGGAGAAGGUGACUUCAUGGGACAGUCUUGUUUGUGCCAAAAGGCCUCGCAGACUUUGUUUGAUGCACAAUCUCUGGCAAUCCUCUUUCUUAUCCCCCAAUACCUGAGAUUUUUAAAUGAGUUGCCUGGUUGCACAAGCCAGAGUGAAGAGCUGUCAAGGGAGAAUGCCUGACAGCCAGUUUGCUCCAAGCCCUCUGCUUCCCUGUGUAGCACCUGUCUCCUCAGAAAACUGUGACAUUAAAGAAAGUUCCACACUGGCCCGUCUCCCACUUUGUCCUAAUUAGAGAUGUUGUCAAAGUACAAGACUUCAAACUAGCAGUAUCAGCGUAGCCUGGGAACUUGUUGACAUGUUAAUUGCUGUUUUCAAAUAUUCUACCUUAUUUAUACUUUCUGUCUACAUGGGCCUGUGGAAUUAGUGUUAGUCUUUCAUGUGACAGCUUUUUAAAUAUUUUAAGACAAAACCUUAAUUUUACUUUCUUUACUAUGUUCUAACUAUUAAUUGUAAUUAUAUUGUUAUUUUUAUAAUUUAUUUAUUUAGCAUGUACCUGUCACUCUAUAAUGUAGCCUUUCUAAGAUAAAGACUAUAAUUCUGUUAAUCAUAAAUUACUCUUAGCAUACAGCCUGGCUCUUGUUGGGUUAAAAAAAUGCUAAUACCUUUGUCUUCCCCAAGAUGUACUGAGCCAAAAUCUGGAAGCAGGGCCCACAGUUGUACAGUAAACCAUUUGCAUGAUCCUGCUGCAGAGCAAACAGAGCUGGCCUUUCACCCUCAGGGGCCUACAAUUGACAACACUUGAACAUUUCCCUUUGCCUUGUGUGAGCCUUCCCAUCGCUCUUAACUGGCUGAGGUACUUUCAGACCAGUUUUAAGAAGUGGGUAUGAAGGUUAAGAAGUAUCACUUAGUGUCAGUAAGGAAAGUAUUGCUUAGAAUGCCAGGACCUGGGUGACAUAGAAGGUUUCUAGGAAUGUGGACCUAUUGUCUAAAGCAGUGGUUUUAGACUUGUGGAUGACCCUUUCACAGGAGACACCUAAGACCAUCAGAAAACACAGAUAUUUACAUUGCACUUCAGAACAGGAGCAAAAUUACAGUUAUGAAGUAGCAACAAAAAUAAUUUUAUGCCUGGGGUCACCACAACAUGAGGAACUAUAUUAAAAGGCCGCAGCAUUAGAAAGAUUGUGUUCUGAAGAAAGAUGAGCUUUAUCCACCAUAUUCCCAUACAGUGCCUUUGAACUGGUGUUUAGCAUCCAAACACCCUGACAAACCACUGAAGCAGUGUGAGACUAACGUCUAUACAUCUCUGUACCUCAGGUUGCUAAGCUCUACUUAUUCCUAUGUCAGAGUAGACUUUUUAAGAAUUGUUACUGCUUUUUUAUUAAUACAAGUCAUAACAUGCUGACAAAACAAAAAACUCUAGAGGUAAAAAUACAAACGUGGCCUACAGUUCCACCAUCCAAGGAGAAGCUGUGACUGGGGUGUGUGGCCUCCAGAGUCUCUGUACACUUAGAGGUUUUUUUAAAUGGGAUCAAAUUGUACAUGCUGUUUUGUAACUUUUUCACUCGACAGUACCAUGACUAUCUUGCUGUGUCAUAUGUAUUUCUACAUCUUUUUUAAUGACUGCAUGAUAUUUCUUCAUAUGUGCCACAUUUUAUUAAACUACUGUUGAACUUUAGGUUUCCAGUUUUUCACUAAUAAACUGCUUUGAAGAACAUUGUGCUGCUAA